AAACCUGCAGGAAAUUAAGUGUAAAUAAGCUGAAUGUAUACAUAGUUGUGCUACAGCAGUGUAGCUACAAGUUCCUGUUUGUUGUCCAGUGCGAUAGUGGGAGCUUAUUCUAAUAACUAAAUACGAUUUUUGGAGGUUGGGGUGAUACUGAGCCCCUAAGGUGACUUAGUGAUUAUUUUUUCAAUAAGGCAUGGCCAAAAAAUAAUAUUUUGAGACCACGAUAUACUGUAUUAAGGCCUUAAAUUAGUACAUUGAGGCCACGAUUUAUGAUAAACUUAACUCACGGCCUCAAUAUAUUAAUUCGGGGCCUCAGCGUAGUAAUUAUACUAAUGGUGAAAUCACCGUGUCACCUUAAGGGCGCCGUAGGUUUCUGUAUGUGUGUGGGGAAAACAAUCUUGUGCAUGCAAAUAAACGAUUAGUUUCUGUUUUGUGUUUUGCUAUUUGGUAUCUGUUUUUUUCCCCGCUGAUAAAACAGCAGACCUCCCCUCUCUCUGUCCGCUGUUGUUUUUCUCGUGUCUCAAAAUGAACUGAUGACGAGUUGAAAAUGGCGGAUCUUUCGAAAUCCAACCCGGGCCUGAAAUAGAAACGCAGCUCCGCUGGCCGCUUUUCCGCAGCAGGACUGACUCUUCAUCUCCACACCUCACACUUUUCAGCCUGGACACCGUCUUAUAUCUGUCCGGCUUCAUUCUGCGAGCUGCGUAGCGCAGCGUAAUGUCGCGGUUUGGUGCAAAAAUCGCCCAACGCUGGUUGAAAAAUUCCUAAAGCUGACUCGCCUCUCUCUGACCCAUCAUCACACUGAGUGCGUGUGAAAGGAUGGACGUGGUGUCGCCUGAUCUGAACAGUAUCCUCCCUGAUGAGAUCAUGGACACUGAAGCCAUCGCCAUGGAGGAGGACCCCCCCAACGAACCCUCUGCCUCCUCCACCUUGUCAGAGACUGAGCCAGCUCAGGUUCCUAUGGAAACAGAGGUGCCUGAAAUUGUGGGCUUGUGUCCUUCUACCACGCCGACACAGAAGACGCAAGCUCUGACCACGUCCACCACCACAGACUCCACUCUGUGCAGCAACAGCUCUGGGACACAGCUUCUUGUGACCUCCUCUUCCUCUUCUGGCCUUAAGCCUGUCACCACCUCCACGACCCAGUCCAGCAGUCCUGUGGUGGGUCAGAGCCUACCCAAGCUUUCUGCCCCAAUAACGCUCCCAGCCAACCACCAGCUCAUCCUCAACAAAGUGGCUGCCUCCCCGGCUGCAGAUGGCAAGCCUCCAGGCACAGCUGUCCUCAAGCAAGAAGGCCAGAAACUCUUGGUCACUGGCCUUAGUAAGACAGGCCAGCCGCUUGUGCUGGCUUUGCCUCACACGUGGAGCAAGCCUGCCACAUCUCAGGGCACGGGGGACGGCAAGGCUCAGACGACGCAGUUUAAAGUGGUGACAACUGGGACAAGAACAGACCUGAAGCCUGUGAUCGGAGUGCAGGCCAUGAGCUCUGCCAGCCAGCUGCUGGCGUCCUCCACACCUCUGCAGGCCCAACAACUCAAGACUGUUCAGUUUACAAAAAAGACACCAGUCUCCACAGCAGGACCCAUGAUAACGAAGCUGAUAAUCACAAAAGCUCUGAACAACAAGGGGCUGACGAGUCAGGCUGCUGUGCAGGCUCCUGUUGUCACAGGGAGGGUCCUUUCACAGACCACACCAUCGACUCCUCCACGUAGCAUCGCUGUCGGAGAAACGGUCAGUACAGUGCCACAGAGCAUCUCCAGCAGCAGCAGCAAAGUGGCCAUUUCUCCCCUCAAAUCUCCCAGCAAACUGACAGUGGUUUCAGUGGCCAGCCAGUCUCCAAACUCUCCUCAGAAGCCUGUGGCACUGCCUCUGAAUGUGGCUCUGGGCCAGCAGAUCCUCGCUGUCCAGCAGACUCCCACAACCUCCCCGGUAAAAGCAGGAACCAGCCAGUCCACUGCCCAGGCAGUGAAGCCAGUGCAGACAGUGGCAGUAGGUGGGGUUGGCCAGCCCCAGUUUAAAACUAUCAUCCCCCUGGCCACGCCACCCAAUGUGCAGCAAAUCCAGGUUCCUGGCAGCCGCUUCCAUUAUGUGCGACUGGUUACAGCAACCACAGGGGGCAACACGCCACAGACAGCCAGCCCCAGCACUAACACCAACCCUGCAAUCCAGCCAGCCAAGCCUAUGAUGAUGAACACUGCUGCAGUGAGGAUGUCUGUUCCCAUAGUCCCAGCACAGACUGUCAAACAGGUGGUGCCAAAGCCCAUGACCUCAGCAGCCCAGGUGGUGACCACCAGCCAGACACAGCAGCGACUCAUUAUGCCAGCUACCCCACUGCCUCAAAUCCAGCCCAACCUGACAAACCUGCCUCCAGGCACCGUGCUGGCCCCUGCCCCAGGUGCUGGCAACAUGGGCUACGCUGUGCUGCCAGCCCAAUAUGUCACACAGCUCCCACAGUCAGCAUUUGUGACUUUGGCCAGCAGCUCAGGUUUCUCCACCCCCACCUCCAUUCAGACCCAGGCCAGGCUUCCUCUCAACGGUUUAUCAGCACCAGAUACAACUUCAAGACCCCGAAAGCCUUGCAACUGCACCAAGUCACAGUGCUUAAAACUGUAUUGUGACUGCUUUGCGAAUGGGGAAUUUUGUAACAACUGCAACUGUGUAAAUUGCUUCAACAACCUUGACCAUGAGAGUGAAAGGCUGAAAGCCAUUAAGGCUUGUUUGGACAGAAACCCAGUAGCUUUCAAACCCAAGAUUGGCAAAGGAAAAGAAGGAGAAUCAGACCGAAGACACAGCAAAGGCUGCAACUGCAAAAAGUCUGGCUGUCUGAAGAACUAUUGCGAGUGCUACGAGGCAAAGAUCAUGUGCUCCUCAAUCUGUAAGUGCGUGGGCUGUAAAAACUUUGAGGAGAGUCCAGAGAGAAAGACUUUGAUGCAUUUGGCUGAUGCUGCGGAAGUGCGGGUGCAGCAGCAGACUGCUGCUAAGACCAAGCUGUCUUCUCAGAUAUCAGACCUGCUUACCAGAACAACACCGGCCAUCACCAGCGGAGGGGGGAAGUUGCCGUACACGUUUGUAACGAAAGAGGUGGCAGAGGCGACGUGCGACUGCCUGCUGGAGCAGGCAGGGAAGGCUGAGCUGACAAACCAGCCGCAGGCCCUGGCUGAGAGGCUCAUCCUAGAGGAGUUUGGCCGCUGCCUCCGCAGAAUCAUCAGCUUUGCUAGCAAAGCCAAGACGGACUGCUCCAUCAACUGCUAGGACUGACCUGCCAGGCCUGACCAGACUGCACUGUAGGGCCCUGGUUUAGGCCAAGACAUCAGCUAUUUGUUAGGCCUUAGCUGACUGGUCACAGAUCAGAGCUUGGCUGAACUCCUCAUGCUCCCUACCAGCUGCAGUGCAAUUCCCUGGAUGUAUUUCAUGCUUUUGGCUCACAUAAAAGGCUGUAAGUCUUCUGCAGAUCUUCAUGGUUGAUCCUACAUAGGAAUGAAUGCAGGGAUUACAUGGGCUAUACUGGAUGCAGAGAAAGACUCUGAAUUCCGGUGCUUCCCAAAGACGUCUGGGUUGUGGGGAAGGGAAGAUGGGCUGGGUGAUAUGAGCUUAUACGCUGUACAGCGCAGAGGAGGACUACAUCGGGGUUGGCCACAAGGCCUAUCCUAUAUCACAGUAGCCUUUAUAUGUGGGCUUGCACAGUUCGUUUAUUUGGAGGAGAUUUUUAAGGGUGUGGUUUGUUUUUUGUUUUGUUUUUUUGUUUGUUUUUUUUAUAAAGGUAGUUUUCUCCUCCUAAUGCAAACUUUUCCUUCAUUUUAAAUCUGCGAUCAUGGCAUUUCGUACUGUUUUAGAAUGAGACUGCAUACUAAUCACUUUUCCCAGCCAGUUUUCUUUAUAUGUAUAUUAUUUACCGCCAAUAACCUCAGAUCAAUAAUCAUUGUGUAUACAGUAAGUAGCCUAUACUGUAGCCUCUUUAUAAUGCAUUCACAAUAUUUAUUUGCUUUUUUUCCCCCUAGCCAACAGAAACUCCCCAAAGAAGCUGACUGUGUUACAGUCCCAGAAUCUUAUGGUAGAUUCUUGUUUGAUUGCAUUACUGGGUUCCUGUUGAUGUGAAGGAAGGUCACACCAUCAUUUCACAAUUCUAUUAUUGUCGCUAGUCAAGUCACUUUGUUUCUCCUCCAUAAAACAGUCCGUUUCA